AUGGCUACGUCUUCGAACGUCUAUCUCUCACCGUCGCAGCCGUUGGUGUUCCACGUACCAGACAUCAGCUUCGAGACUGCCACUGCGACCAGCAAGCUACUGCAGAAGAAUCACGAGAAUCACCACAUCUUCUUUAACCAAUCGGGCUUCCAUAAUCAUAUCGCUCAUCAUCUCCUCACUUUCUUCGCUCUCAAUGGUACACCUACUGAGCUGGAGCGUGCCUGGGUUGACAAUGCGUCUUAUCAGCGACAACUGGUUCCGCUCGAUUCACAUGUCGUAUCACAGCUGCAUGAUCAAAAUGUUUACGAGGCUUAUUUGGGUCGCGAAGAAGAGGUACUGCGUGAGUUCAUCUUGAAGGGAAAUAAGCGGGCUGACGAUAUGCUGGUGCGUAUGUUCGAUGGUAUCCUUCACCCACUCAUUCACCUUGGAUUCGGUGUAGAGUUUGAGCAGCCUGCAAUCAUUGCAGAAGCUUUGGCGUUAGCUGCUGUGCACGACGAUUGGGACGCAGCAAGAUUGAUUGAGAGCGAAACGAUUGCCAAGGCAAAUGACCUAGAUCGACGACCAGACGCAACCAUUCAUUCAACCAGUUUCUGCAGUAGAGUAUAUGUUACGGAGAGGAACCUGGAGGAGAAAACUGCCGAGAUGAUCAACGCAGUUGUCUACUUCACCAGUGCCGCGCAAAGCCCAAAGCACCAGGUCAAAUUUGACUUCUUUAAUAUCCACGCCGUUAACCUCAGCAUCUUCUUCAGUGCUUUCCUGCAACAAUCUUGGCUCCCAGUGUCCAGCAAAAUCCGCCUCCUCGAGUGGAAAAUCCGCAUGGAUCUCACCAUAUACGCAUCGCCACGACCGCCGAGACUCCAGUUCGACGAGAUCACUGGUUAUCAACAUAAGCAAGACACUUCAUGGAACACUAUCUUCGAGCGUGUCAGAAGGAUUCGAGACGAUGGACAUGCAAGCAAGUUUGUUCGGGCCCUUGCAAACGGCGAGCAUGUGUGCAGAAAAUAUGAACACAAACCAGGCUUCAUCGUCAAAGGCGAUAUGUGGAAGGCAAUAGCUAAUAUGUUCAUUGAGAGUAUAGAUGGCUCGCCUGACUACAUACGAGGGGGAGGUUGGUCCAGAGUACCAGUACGCAAGCACUCAGGAUUGUGA